AUGGCCCCUCCAAACGCCCAGCGAUCAUCCGAUUUUUUCCGGCAAGGAAAAAAAGACCGGCUCCGUUCCGACCAAGAUGGUGGCGGCUCCCGCUCACCAACACACACGUCUGAAACAGGCUCUGAUAAUGAGUCGCGGCAACGACUUUCUGUCUCAGAGACGAAAUUAGCAGCCAUGCUCCAUGAACUGCGCACCUCUAUGAGAACCGACUUUCAAGCAGCGGUCUCAGAUCUGCGCAAAGACCUCCUGGAAGUGGGGACACGUGUGAAUGUACUGGAGGAAAAAACUGAUGAGCUGUGUCAAGCCAACGAUGCAAUAGUGAGCAAACUGCAGCAACUAGAAAAAGACAACAGGCGCCUGACGGAAAAAAUGGCGGACUUAGAAGACCGCUCCCGCCGCAACAACAUCCGCGUGCGAGGAGUACCGGAAAAGGUGACACAGGAGGAUCUGCCGUCCUACCUAUUGCGCCUCUUUCAGGCUAUCCAACCAGCCCUGGCACCAGCGGACUUACGCCUUGACCGAGCACACCGGGUACCAAAACCCACCAAUCUCGCUCGAGAUGUCCCUAGGGACGUAGUGACCAGAUUACACUAUUACAGCGCGAAGGAAGCAAUCCUUACAGCGCAGAGAAAGGCAUCCGAAAUGCCACCUACAUUUGAGGAGAUAUCACUAUAUGCUGACCUAUCACCGACGACGAUGUCCAGGAGACGGGACUUUAUUAAUGUCACAAAGUGCCUCAGAAACCACAAGGUACCUUACAGAUGGGGUUUCCCCACUAAGCUCUUGAUUUGGCGAAAUGGAUCACUGACCAAAGUUGAAGACCCGACCCAAGGAAUGGAGACCCUCAAAUCCUGGGGAUUAUUCCCCACUGACAACGCUCCCACGACCCCGGCCCCACUGCGGAAAGUGGCCACGAGCUGGACAAAGGCCUAA